UGAGUCGGAAUUCAUCCCAUACUAACAGUCGUUCCUCUCAGUUAAGUCGUCAAAAGAGCAGGACAUUAAAAAGUAAACGGUGACAGUUUGAGAAGUUCAACAUGUCCACCUCGUCGUACAGAAAGCGGUUUGGAGACGCCGCCACCCGCAUAAAUGGGUAUUCCGAACGCCGGUUCCAGAAUCCCGUGCGUGCGUCCCGCUUCGCCAGUUACAUAGAGAAAGUGCGUCUGCUGGAGCAACAGAAUAAAAUGCUGAACGCCGAGUUCGAGCAGUUGCGCGCAUCCCACAUCGCGGAUGUGUACCAAGAGGAAGUGCGUGAUCUGCGCAGGUAGGUUGAUCGGCUCACCACGGAGAAAACACACCUUUCAUUCAUUUACAGACUGCAAGAUGAAAUUCUUCAACGUGAGGAAGCAGAGAACAACCUGAGGGAUUUCAGACAAGAUGUGGAUAAUGCGGCUCUCGCUCGUGUAGAUCUGGAGAGGAUGGAGUCCCUACAGGAGGAGAUGGUCUUUCUGAGGAAACUCCAUGAGGAGAAGCUGACAGAGCUUUAGACACAGAUCCAGGAUCAGCAGAUGCAUGUGGACAUGGACAUUGCUAAACCAGACCUGAUCGCUGCUCUCAGAGAUGUCAGACUUCAGUAUGAGUGCCUGGCCCCCAAAAACAUCCAAGAGUCAGAAGAUUGGUACAAAUCAAAGUUUGCUGACCUGACAGAGGCGGCCAACCACAGCAGUGAUGCUCUGCGAUAGGCCAAGCAGGAGGCCAAUGAAUAUCGUCGACAGGUGCAGGCGCUCACCUUUGAGGUGGAUGCUCUUAAGGGUAAUGAAUCUCUGGAGCGUCAGAUAAGGGAAACUGAGGAGAACUUUACGAUGGAAUCGUCUUGUUCACAGGACAAUAUCGCUCGUCUGGAGGAGGACAUACAUAACACGAAGGAGGAGAUGGCGAGACAUCUUCGAGAGUAUCAGGACCUGCUCAACGUCAAGAUGGCCCUGGACCUCGAGAUUGCCACCUACAGGAAACUUUUGGAGGGAGAGGAGAGCAGAAUUGGAGCGCAUCUUCCAAACUUCUCCGUUUUCAAUUUGAGAGAAGCUAUGAUUGAGCCCAAGCCUCAGACAGAAACCACAACUGCUAAGAAAAUUCUCAGUAAGACCAUCGAGACCAGAGAUGGUCAGGUGAUCAAUGAAUCCACCCAGAACCACGAUGACCUGUGAAUUUAUCUUCCAUAACUGCAACUCGUUUGUGUCUCAGCUUAUUCUAUGUGAAAAAAUCAGCAAUGACCUGCUCCCAAGUGUUAUGCAGUUAUUAAUAUUUGUUAAUUAUUUUUUUCAUUCUACUAACAGCUUAUCUCAACAGCUUAUGUGAUGUGUCAUUUUUUGCCUAACCUAAAGUUCUUCUCAAAGUUGAUAUUCAUGUCCAGGCACAGCUACACACCAUGUUUAUAAAUAUUUAAUAAUGUGUUGUAAUAAAUCAUGUUAUGGUUAGA